GUUUACGCAGAAAGCGGAACAGCUGUCCAAAAUGAUAGCAAAAAGGCCGAACUCAGCUAAGGAGCAAUUAAUAAGGCACGUGGAAUUUGCCGCUGAAUUUGGCCAAAUACCGAAUUUUGAUCCGUACGGUAGGAAGAUGUCUUGCAUAAGCCACAGGUCAGUUUACAUUGUUCGCGAACGUGAUGCGCAUUUGGUGCCUUGCAAUAUUGCACAUUACUGGUGCAUCCUCGAUGUGUGUCUCGGCAAUCACAGUGCCCGCAGGUUUUCCGACAGCGUUUAAUC